UCCUAGUCCACCAAUCUCCGAAUUCAGAGACGACAAUGAAGGGCUCGGGCUUUUCUCAGAAGACGGUGAACGAGUCCAGCAGGACUAAGGGGUGCGCUGUGACCAUAGGCAGCAAUGUUAGGGAUGGCUUGGAAGCUGAGGCCACCACCAAAGUGUACAUCCACCGCCCUAACGAGAAGGAAGAGCUCCAGCAGCUCAACAACCGCUUUUCUGGUUACAUUGACAAGGUCCGAUCUCUGGAGGAGAAGAACAAGGCCCUGCGUGAGGAGAUCGAAGAACGGACCAGGCGUCUUAAGGAAAGGGGACCUGGCAUAGCAGAUGAAUAUGAGAAAGAGUUCAAGGAGCUCAAAGAACUGAUUGAGAAGCUGAACAAAGAAAAGAAUGCAGCUGACAUUGAGAGAGGAAACCUAGAGGAAGAGAUCGACAUAUGGAAUGCCAAGUGUGAUGAGGAGCUGUUUCUGAAAGAGGAGGCCGAGAACACGUUGAAGGAGUUUCGUCAAGAUGUGGACGAUGCCACUGUGCAGAAGCUGGAGCUGGAGAAAAGAAUUGAACAACUGAUAGACGAGAUCGAGUUCCUUAAAAAGCUUCAUGAUGAAGAAGUUGCCGACCUAAUGAAUCAAAUCCAGGAGUCCAAGGUGAGCCUGGAGAUAGAAAGCUCUCGACCUGAUCUAGCAGCAGCCCUUAAGGCCUUGAGGAUGGAGAUUGACCAAGCUACAAACAAAAACAUCCAAGAGGCAGAGAAAUGGUACAAAACUAAACUCAGUUCUGCCAAGGGGCAACUGACCAAGAAUGAGGAUAGGAUCAGGAAUAUCCGAGAAGAUAUUAGCAGGUAUUCCUCACAAGAAUCUGACCUGCAGGGUCAAAUCGAUACUUUGAGGGCACGCAAUGAAGCCUUGGUGAAGUUGCUGGAUGACAUGCAAGCCAAGCACUUGGAGGAAGUAUCUUCCCUACAAGACAUCAUCGCCCAGCUGGAAGAUCGCCUCCUAGAGACAAAGGGUGACCUAGCCAGAUAUCUACAAGAUUACCAAGACCUGCUAAACAUCAAGCUCAAGCUGGAUGCCGAGAUUGCAGUCUACAGGAAACUACUGGAAGGAGAAGAGCAGAGGCUUGGUAUUAAUCCAGAGAGUGAAGCCCGAGGUGACGCAUGAACAGGUCAAGAGGAGAGGAGAUGCUGACCAGCAAGUACAUAUCAAGGCCUAGAGGAUCACAAGCUACUUCAGCCGUGUGAAUGGGCCUGUGUGCAUCACUCUUCCCGGAUGUCCUGUACCAGAUUCUUUUAUAAGAGAACCUCUCAGAGAUGAAAACAAUUUGUUUGCAAAGCCUCAGGUAGAAGCUGCCAUUCUUUGAAUACUGGGCUGCAGUCUAGUCCAGGGAAGGCUGAUCUUAUUUAGCUUGAAUGUAAAUGAAAGGCAGAUCCUAUUUGAAGGUUUUCAUACAGGUAUUUUGAUUCCUGACCUCCGAUUUCUCCUUGCUGCUUGUAGUUCAUGCACUUUUGUAGCCUAUUACUUUACGAAAAAUGCAUGAUAAUUGUGUUAAACCAAAAUAAAAUAGCUAUGCAUUA